AUGGCCCAGACUCACACCCUCCCUCCUCUUCCCUACGCCUACGAUGCUCUCGAGCCCGUCAUCUCGAAGCAGAUCAUGGAGAUUCACCACCAGAAGCACCAUCAAACAUACGUCAAUAACUUGAACGCCGCUCUUUCGGCUCAGGUCUCCGCAACACAGACCAAUGAUGUCCCUGCUCUGAUCAGCCUGCAACAAAAGAUCAAGUUCAAUGGCGGUGGGCACAUCAACCACUCCCUCUUCUGGAAGAACCUGACGCCGCCCGGUACUCCUGGUAAUCAAUUAGCCAGUGCUGCACCUGCACUUGGUGACGCCAUUAACUCUCGCUGGGGCUCCUACGAUGCUUUCACCAAAGCUUUCAGUGCCGAGCUCCUCGGCAUCCAGGGAAGCGGUUGGGGAUGGCUGGUCAGCAAGGGUGGCCCCAAGGGACGUCUGGAGAUCGUUACCACCAAGGACCAGGAUCCCGUAGCCAGUAGUGAUGUCCCUAUCUUCGGCAUUGAUAUGUGGGAGCACGCCUACUACCUCCAGUACCUCAACAAUAAGGCAAGCUACGUCGAGGGCAUCUGGAAAAUCAUCAACUGGGCCGAAGCCGAGAAGCGCUACACAGCUGGCGUGGAGAACCCGUUGAAGCUUUAA